UCUGUGCUCGUGCCCGGGCUGCUUCAGCGCAGUGGUCAUUCGUGAGCUGUGCCUGUAAAUGGUGUAGUCUGCAGAGGGCGGAAUAAGAGACACUCAGUACUUGAGGAACAAACAAGUAGCCUUCAAAGCAGGAAAUUAAAAGGGGGGCCAAGUCUGUAAAAGGAAAACAUUCCAACCAUUCGCCCCGCCCACUGCACUCUUUUGGCCGAGGAACCUGCAGAGCCUGUCUCAGCCUGCAAGCAACCGCAGGUUAAGUGGAGAGAAGCCUGCACUCUGCCAUGGCUCUGUUGACCCUGCAUAGGCUCCCGUCCAUCGCCACCUCUCCAAAUGAAAGCCUUCAAAGAAGAGGAACGCUUCAGAAAAGGGAGAGCUUCGCCCUGGUGAAGGGGGCGGUCCUCCUGCUGGAAGAGGGUGAGAGAGUGGGCCUCCAUGAGGAAACUUGUCCCUCUCCACCUUCUCCUGUUAAGGAAGGCAAUGGCGCGUCAGACAAACAGCACAGACAGCUUCAUGCCAUGGUGGAACAGCUGCGACCGGAAGAUACUAUGAAGCUGGCGGUGCAGUUGGAGUCUAUCAGCUCGGUCAGAGUCAGAUAUCUGAUCGUUGUCUGCACCCUCGGCAACAAACAGGAGAGCAUCCUGCUGGGCAUGGAUUUCCCCAACUCAGACAGCGACCAGUGCACCAUCGGCCUGGUUCUGCCGAUAUGGAGCGACACUCAGGUGUAUCUGGACGGAGACGGUGGUUUUAGCGUCACCGCUGCAGAAGAGACCAGAAUUUUUAAGCCUGUUUCCAUGCAGACCAUGUGGUCUGUCCUGCAGGCGCUGCACGGCUGCACUGAGCGUGCGGUCAGGGCAGCAGUGAUCCCAGGAAACGGUCUGGAGUGGGCCGAGCACUACCACCAGCACAUCGAGUCGGACCGCUUCUGCCUCAACGAGUGGGAGGCCAUGAAUGACCUGGAGUCGGUCCGCAGGGACAGUGACGGACAGAGCUCGGCAGAGAGAAUAUCCGACGAGACGCUGAUCAAAGAGCACCUGAGAGACAUCCUGAGUACUGAAGACCUGGACAACCUCACGUCUAAAAUGGUACACUCUGCUCUGGAAACCAGGAUAGGCUUCGACAUGAAACCCUUCAAGGAGUACAUUGACAAUGAGAUCCUGGUCACCAUGGCACAGAUGGAUAACCCCUCCAAAAUAUUUGACUUCCUUUACCUGGGCUCUGAGUGGAACGCAGCUAACUUCGAGGAGCUGCAGAAAAACAAUGUGGGCUAUAUUCUGAAUGUGACGAGGGAGAUUGACAACUUUUUCCCAGAGUCCUUCACGUACAUGAACAUCAGAGUGUACGAUGUGGAGGCCACCGACCUGCUGCCUCACUGGAAAGACACGUACAACUUCAUCAAAACGGCGAGGGACAGUGGACAAGCUUUGUUGGUGCACUGUAAGAUGGGCGUUUCUCGCUCUGCUUCCACGGUGAUCGCCUACGCCAUGAAGCAGCAUCACUGGCCGCUGGAUGUGGCGUUGGCCUACGUCAGGGAUCGCCGGUCCAUCGUCAAGCCCAACGAAGGCUUCAUGAGGCAGCUGCAGACCUACAAUGGCAUCCUCAACGCCAGCCAGCAGCGCCACAGCGCACUCUGGAGGCGGAAGUCGAGAGACCAAAGACAAAAGUCAGUCCGCAAGGAGGCAAGACGGGAGGAAGGAAAGCCAGAAGAGGAAGAGGAGGAAGAGGAGGAUGAGGAGGAUGACGAUGAUGAUGAGGGACUUGGCGAUUAUGAGAGUGAUGAAGAGAGUCCAGAUGAAAAAGAUGAAGCGAAGGAAGACACAGACGUGUUUGAAGAUCCCCCCCCACAGGAUGAGACCGACCCGGGGUCCGAGCCAACCCCAGCCUGUUCUGUUACAGUGAAUGAACCAGACAAGGUGGCUCCGAGUGUAAAUCGCAGUGGCAGGAUGAACCUGUUCUCUCUCAUGCAGUCCAUCAGUGAUGAAGACAAAGGACGAGAGCAGUUCCUCGGCAGUCCGACGCGGUCUCCGCGGCAACGAAGGAGUAGCCAAAAGCGGCCUGGUCUGACUCACCAGAGAGCAUUCGUGGAUGUUUCACCUGAGCCACGAAGCCUGCCUGGCGCUUCUAAAACCAAACCCUGGAGUGAUGAAAGAGACUGAUGGGCAGGGAGGUGUGACCCAUGAAGGAGGCAGAGAGGAGGAAAAGAUGGCAGGGGGGGGGGAAUGAUGCAUAUCUCUGUUCAAAAUUAUUAUAACUGAUGAUGGUUCAUUUUUGAUAUAAGGAUGAUACUGUAAUAUAGCACUGAAAGCCAUGAUAUCUGAUGGCUGAAGUCAUUAUUAGUGUACUUUGUUGUGGUAUUAUUAUUAUUAUUAUUAUUAUUAUUAUUAUUAUUAUGGGAUUUUCAGUGUUUUUAGAACAUGCCACAUACAGAUGAUCCCUCUCUCUUCCCUUCUUCUGCUCUCACAUCACCCCUCCACAGAAUCUAUGCAAAAACUCUUCUGCUUUUCUCUUUCUAUGUGAAUAUGAGGAUGUAUGCUGCCAGUCCAAGCUAGAUGUUUGAAUAGAGUUCUCCCAUCAGAAGUCUUUUUCACAAGACGCUCCUUUUUGACAGAUGGGAGGAGUGCAUAUUAUCUAAGCUGUGCAUCAUGGACCAAGUCAGGGCCAGUUUUAUGGCACAAGCCAAACCACGUAUUCUAAUGUGCCAAUGAUUAUAUUGAAAGUCUGUAUCAUUUGAGUUUGUUAGGAACCAAUUUCACUCAUUUUAUUUUAUUCUUUCUGUUUAAACACCAGAGCUGUAGGAGUGCCUUCAACCUGAGAAUGAUUACGACUCAAACUGGUGAUUUUUAUGUUUUUACUCUGAGGUGGUGGCUGCAUAUCGUAUGUCUCUUGUACUGUUGCUCUGAUUACAGUUUAAUGUGACUUCCCAAAGUUUUUUGCAUGUAUGCAUAAAGCAUAUGUAUACAGUUUAUAUGUCUCGACAGAGAAUUGCUGAUGACCUGGGUGCAUGUUAUGCGUUUUUAUACCAACAUGUAUGAGCUCAGGGUUUUCUCAUGUAUUUAUAAGGCUGUUUUAUGAACUAAGCUAAAUUAUUCAAAAUACUGUUUUCAGACUCAUGAUCACUGGAUGCUGAGACGGAAUAUUUUAAUUUCAUGCUGUUAGUUUUUGUCCAGUGAACCCAAAGCUAAAGCUUACUUUAUUUAACCUGCAUGCUUACAUUUAAAGAAAACAUGCACUUUAUAAUCUCACAACACAUCCGCCCCACUGCCUGAGCCAGCAACACACUGUACUAUGAAUAAAAUGAUCCUUUUAUUUUCCUUAA